AUUUGUGUUGGAAAAAGGACUUUGUGAAACUGCAGCGAUGUCAGUCCAGGUUGUGGCAGCGAAAAUGGCAGAGGUCGAACUCAAAGACGUCCCCACCGGUAAAGACUUACCAGCUGAUUCCCCUUUGACACCGACCUCAGAGGGCAAGAACAUCGCCAGAAACGACCCGCACGAGGCCGGUUCCUCUGCGGCUGCUUCCCCUACAGCGGAGUCCUCCGCGAAAGCCGGGGAAGGCAGCCUGGGUUUGCUCAACCCGAACCCCGCGAAGAUGCCGCAGGCUUCGGCAAUGAAGCGGUCGGACCCGCAACAGAACGGCGGAGAGGCGUUCGUCAACCGUGACGGUACCGUUGCAGAGGCACCACGCAUGAAGAAGAUCCAGUUUGCAGACCAGAAGCAGGAGUUCAACAAGCGUCCAUCCAAGAUCGGCCGCCGCUCUCUGUCCCGCUCCAUCUCCCAGUCGUCCACAGACAGCUACAGCUCAGCGGCGUCAUACACAGACAGCUCUGACGAUGAGACGUCUCCUCGGGACAAACAGCAGAAGAACUCCAAGGGCAACGGAGACUUCUGCAUCAAAAACAUCAAACAGGCCGACUUUGGGCGCAGGGAGAUCGAGAUCGCCGAGCAAGAGAUGCCGGCCCUGAUGGCUCUGAGAAAGCGAGCACAAGGGGAGAAGCCCCUCGCCGGUGCCAAGGUGGUGGGCUGCACCCACAUCACUGCCCAGACUGCUGUGCUGAUGGAGACUCUGUCAGCUCUGGGCGCUCAGUGCAGAUGGGCCGCCUGCAACAUUUACUCCACCCAGAAUGAAGUGGCAGCUGCCCUGGCAGAGGGAGGUUUCAGUGUAUUUGCAUGGAAGGGGGAGUCAGAGGACGACUUCUGGUGGUGCAUCGAUCGUUGUGUCAACGUGGAGGGAUGGCAACCCAACAUGAUCCUGGAUGAUGGUGGAGAUCUGACACACUGGAUCUAUAAAAAAUACCCCAACAUGUUCAAGAAGAUCAAGGGCAUUGUAGAGGAGAGUGUCACCGGUGUGCACAGGUUGUACCAGCUGUCCAAGGCAGGAAAACUCUGUGUUCCAGCCAUGAACGUCAACGACUCGGUGACCAAGCAGAAGUUUGACAACCUCUACUGCUGCAGGGAGUCCAUCUUAGACGGACUGAAGAGGACCACCGAUGUCAUGUUUGGAGGCAAACAGGUGGUGGUGUGUGGAUACGGAGAGGUGGGAAAAGGCUGCUGUGCUGCCCUCAAAGCAAUGGGCUCCAUCGUCUACGUCACAGAGAUCGACCCCAUCUGUGCCUUGCAGGCGUGCAUGGACGGCUUCAGGCUGGUGAAACUGAAUGAAGUCAUCAGACAAGUGGACAUUGUCAUCACCUGCACAGGCAAUAAGAACGUGGUGGUGAGAGAGAACCUUGACCGCAUGAAGAAUGGCUGCAUCGUCUGCAACAUGGGACACUCCAACACUGAAAUUGAUGUGGCGAGCCUGCGGACUCCUGAACUGACCUGGGAGAGAGUUCGCUCUCAGGUGGACCACGUCAUCUGGCCCGACGGCAAGAGGAUAGUGCUGCUGGCUGAGGGUCGCCUGCUGAACCUCAGCUGUUCCACUGUGCCCACUUUUGUGCUCUCCAUCACCGCCACCACCCAGGCGCUGGCUCUGAUAGAGCUCUACAACGCUCCAGAGGGACGCUACAAGCAGGAUGUUUACCUGCUGCCCAAGAAGAUGGAUGAGUACGUGGCCAGCCUACAUCUCCCUACAUUCGACGCACAUCUCACAGAGCUGAGUGAUGAGCAGGCCAAGUACCUGGGCUUGAACAAGAACGGGCCCUUUAAGCCAAACUACUAUAGGUAUUAAACCAGUGUUGGGAGGGACUGAAGAAUACAAAUACUCCAUGAAUGACACAGACUCAGAGGGAGAGGAGGGGGACGAGUAGGAGGGGGAGGAGAACAGUUGGAAGGAUGGACAGAAUAGUCAACACGCCUGCUUUAUAUUUGGGUGGGGAAGGGGAGGAGCUCUGACCAAGCCGAGGGGCGGAGGGGCAUGGUUUUUCCUGAGCUUUUGGCAGUUGCUUAUUUAUUCAAGUUCAACAACAAUAAUGAUCACAUUAACCCUGCCAUUAGCUGGCUCUCCCACAUCUUUUUUAGAAGAUGCUUUACUUCCCUUCCACUUGUUGUAUCACCGCCAUCGUCUCUUUCUCUUUAGGCGCUCAUUUGUGUGUCAAGUUGUAUGUUAGUCCUCCAUCCUCCUUACCCAAUGCCAGAUCUUUUAUUGUUUAACUAUUAAAGAUGAAAUUAUUGACGCUAAAAAUAUAUAUACUUUAUAAAAAAAAAACUUGAUUAAAAAAAAAUCUGUGUGAAUGAAGAUGAUCUUUGAAGAUUUAGUGACGGACAUUUUUUCCUGUCCCUUUUUUUUGUUGUUGUCGUUGUCUUUCCUUUUCUACCUGUGAUUACAUUUUCUGUUUUUAUUGUGAAUUAUUGCAAGGGGGUGGGGUUAAAACUAGAGGGAGGGGUUAGGCAGGAUCUCAGGGUCCAAUCAUAUCAUGUCUUUUUAUUUGAUCGUUUCAUCGAGAUUCACCGUUGUGUCUGUUUUUAAACAUUUUUUUUUUUAUGCAUCCUGUCCCUUUGAAUCAGCCUGUAGUUUGUCAUUUUGUAGUAUGACUGGAUGGUGACGGCCUGUCACUUAAAGCCACAGUGAAACCAUCUCAACGGCUGCUGCUUUCUUAGGCUUUCAGGUGCUCACAUAGCACAAGUGUUUAAGUAAUGAAAAGUAUUUCAAGCUAGUGAAAACUAGCCUUUUCAUUCCAUUUUUCCUUCAUCAAGAAUGACUAUACUGUAUUAGAAGCAUGGCAGGUUGUCAGAUCAUUACAAGGGGUAUACUGUAUAUUAGAUAUUUAUAUUGAAAUUAAGAUUUUUCUAUCUUUUUCUCUCCUGCACCAUCUAAUAUUGUUACUUUUUGAAAAAUCAACAUACGUUAUACAAUAAGCAAUUAAAUGUUCUAAUGAUAAAUGUAAUAAAUGUACUCGAACCCUCUAUUUGAAUACUGUGACAGAAAAUAUUGAAAGAUACCAAAUGUGCAGCAAAAUGCUGCCAGGCAGGUACUUCAGCAGAAAUCUUCAACCAGGUCCUAAUUAAAAAAAGUCAUGUACUUUAACUUUCACUGUACUUGCCACACACAACACAACCCAGUGGUACUUAUUAAUUUUACAUCACAUUUACCUUCUCAGAUCAGAGACAUGAAUGAUAUUUUUCAUCUAGCCCUAUAUAUUAGUCUCUUCUCCUAUUCCCAAAAGGCUUGAUAUUACUGGUGUAGUGAGCCACACUGUAACUGUCCUCUGCAGUUUGUCCUGAACUGACCUGACAGUGUAAACUAGAAAGUCCUGACAGAUAAUUCCCCUGACAGCCAAGUGCGCCCUGCCGCUUUACCUGCUCUGCACCUGAUCCAAUCAGAUUCUCUUUGUUAUCCUGCUGGGAGAUGCUGCCAGCUCUGCUCUCUGAGAGGGAUCAAAUGCUUUAACACAUGCACACAGUAGCUUAUUGUUCGGGCUGAACAUUUACUGUACUGUUAUUGUACAACACACUUGGUCAUAGAGGAAACGGCACAAAAAUCUGUAGUUUACUGGUUAAAACACAUACUAAUGUUGACUCAAAAAUCCAAUAUAUCUUCACUUUUCAUGCAAUUUUAAAAUACUAUUAGUAUUGUAAAAAAUAAAAUACAAUAUUAAUACCAACCAAAGUCUUUGAGGGAAUACCUAAUUCGCUUUUUUAAAAUUGAAGAUGUUGAGCACCACACAAAUGUCUAUAAAACAAAUGUUAAAUCACUAGGUUAGCUUAGCAUACAGCUAAAAUGGUAACAUGCUCACUCUGAAGCUACAACAUACAAAAUAUAACAUUUAUAAUCUUGAAAGAUGUUGGUUAUGGUGGUUGUGUUACAUUUGGAAAGAGCAUGGCCAAUUGAUAUCGGCUGCUGUCAAGCUUUAUGCUAAGCUAACAGGCGUGUGGCUAGAGCCUCAUUUAUCGUAUAGACGUGUGUGGUAUCAAUCUUCUCAUCUCUUGACAUCAAAUCAAAGAGGUGUAAUGUCAAAGUUGUCAUGUGGUUAAAACAAGACAUUUUACACAGUUUUUUUUUUUCUGAUUACCUUUAGUGUACGCCCGUAAGCCUCCGAUGAUAAGAUCCUACACUGUGUCACAGCCUAUAGAACCUCAUUGUCCCACAUUGUUCCUUGCCAAUGUGUUUGCAUUGCUGUCUCCUCGUGCUGAUGAAAUGUACACUUUUGAAAUAGCGUGACCUGUUGUCAGUAUCAUACUUUCAACUGUUUGUUUUGAGUCUUAUUUUUCCCCUUUUAAGUGUGAAUGUGUGUUAAAGAGAAAGUGACAUCAUAAAAGAGCGGAGGUGAUUAUAAAUGUUGUGUGUGCGUGUGUCUAAAUGUCUUUCUGUGUUUGUUCACAUCCUUUUUUUUUUUUGUAUGCCAUGGUUGCUUCGUUAACAGCUGCCUCAGGUUCCUAGCCUGUGCGUCAGGGGGAGAAACCAGUUUUUUGUUUUGUCAGCCGUAAGCUGACCAACACAUGGGUGGGCGGGGGACGACACCAGCAUCAUAUAUGUAUAUAAAAACUAUAUACAUAUAUGACAACCUUUAAGAGUAUAGGAAGGUGAAUGAAGACUCAACUCCUGUAUUUAUUGUUGUAAAUCCUCAUACAGUGCAAACUGGCAAAAAUCUCAAACAUGUUUUAAGUUGUCUAAUAAAGAAAAAUAAACCCUAUGUUUAAAUAUUGCAAGUGAUAAUGGUAGAUGAUGAGCAAUAAUUUAAAACAUUCUGUAAUCUUAAUGAAUAAAGAUGUAAAAAAUUGUA